AGAAGUCAGGAAGUAGGAAUGAAAAUACAAGGAGGUUGAAAGGGAACUACGCGAACUUGACUUGUUCCUCACUGUCCCACUAAAGAGCCCCGGUAGUUUAGCUGUUAGGGUUGAACAGCACACUUGUGCAAAUUUGGAGUGCACAGUCACACAGUCUUUCCUGCAGGAAUUAUUGACCGGUUAUAUAAACCCGUGCGCUCCUUUCUGUUGCGAUGAUCGUCCACUGAUGAUAAUACUCAGGAAUCUGGUCGCUAAAUUGACUUUAAUUCGUCAGAGUUCAGUAAGAAAUCAGGUAAUCAUGUCAAGACGACUUCAUGCGCGCAGAACACACGGUGUCGAUAAAAACGUUUGGGUUGAAUUCAUACAGCUGGCUGCAGACUACAAAGCAGUGAACCUGGGACAGGGAUUUCCUGACUUUUCCCCUCCUCCGUUUAUCCAGGAGGCUUUUUGUAAAGCUGUGAGUGGAGGACCCUCGAUGCACCAGUAUACCAGAGCUUUUGGUCAUCCCCCUCUUGUGAAAAGUCUGGCUAAAUUCUUCAGCAGGAUCGUGGGACAUGAGAUUGAUCCUUUUGAAGACGUCCUGGUCACAGUUGGAGCUUAUCAGGCUCUCUUCUGUGCAUUUCAGGCUCUGGUUGAUGAAGACGAUGAGGUCAUAAUCAUCGAGCCGUUCUUUGACUGCUACCAGCCGAUGGUGACGAUGGCUGGAGGAAAGGCAGUGUACGUACCUCUGAGGCCAAAGGUUGGAGGUGGCACUGUCCUGUCAAGUGGAGACUGGGUUCUCUCUGCUGAGGAGUUGGCCAGUAAAAUCACUCCACGCACUAAAGCCAUUGUCAUCAACACUCCCAACAACCCAUUAGGCAAAGUUUACAAGACUGAAGAGCUCCAAAUGAUCGCUGACCUGUGCAUCAAACAUGAUAUGCUGUGCAUCAGUGACGAGGUGUACGAGUGGCUGACUUACGACGGAGCCAAGCAUGUAAAGAUAGCCAGCCUUCCUGGCAUGUGGGAGCGAACCAUCACUGUUGGCAGUGCUGGAAAGACUUUUAGUGCUACUGGCUGGAAGGUUGGCUGGGCUAUCGGCUCUGGACAUGUCCUCAAACACAUGAAAACCAUCCAUCAGAACACUGUUUACCACUGUGCCACAGCCGCUCAGGAGGCAGUAGCUCAAGGUUUUGAGAGAGAAUACAAGCUGUUCGGGACUCCAGAAAGCUACUUCCAGCAGCUGCCUGCGUUGCUGCACCUCAAGAGGAAGAAGCUGGCCUCGUGUCUGGAGAGUGUGGGUUUGCAGCCCAUCAUGCCUGAGGGAAGCUAUUUCAUGAUCACAGAUGUCUCCUCUGUCAAGGUGGACCUCAAUGACCAGAACGCUUCGGAUGAACCCUAUGAUUUUAGAUUUGCUAAAUGGCUCAUUAAAGAGAAGGGUUUAGCAACAAUCCCUGUCUCUGCAUUCUACAGUCCAGACCACAGCAAGGAGUUUAGCAAAUACAUCAGAUUCUGUUUUGUUAAGGAGGACUCCACCCUGGAUGCAGCAGAGGACAUCUUGAGAAAGAUGAGUCAGGGGCAGUAAAAUCGUCCGUGAUGUGAAGCCUUACCCCGUCCAUCCAGAGUUUACCAAGCUGCUUAAACUGGCUCAUUCUGCCUCCUUAGGUUAAAUGAGCCAUAUUCAGUGUUCAGUAAGAGUGUGUCUCCACAUUAGGACACUGUAAGGUGGACAAACACAUCAUCCACUCUCCAUAUGUACUUACACUGUGACUGUGAAAAAACUCAGGCUUUGACAAUAACAAUCUAUGUUAAUGAUCCUGUGCAAUACAUUUAUGCAGAUAAAUGUGACUUCUAACCAUUUUUCAAUCAUCUCAAAGGAAAUAUUUAGGUGAUUUUGUUUUUUGAAUUAAAUAAUUUGCUUCUACUGUGUGUCCCAUUUUAACUGUAGAUAUUUGUCCUGAAUCAAACUAAGCAAAAAAGUUAAAUAAAACUUUUAAUGAAUCCACA